AUGUCGCGGCAUAAACUGUCCCUCAAUGUCUUCAAGGGGUGUACCAUAUUCGUCCAGUCCAAGGACUACCAGGACCGCACCCUCGACAUGGACCGCAUCACGGCCUGCAUCAACUCUCGUAUGCUCCUCGACGCGACCCACAUCGAGGGCGCGUUCGGCGGCUGGCAGAUUCGUGCCGAUGAGGCUGUGCAGCGCGUCGAUGCCCUAGCCGCUCGCCGCUCCUCUUUGCCGCCGCUUGGCAUCAACUCCCCAGCGCUCGUAAUGGGGUCACGUCCGCCGCCCCUACCCGUCCACGAAGAGGAGCCUGAUCACAAGCCUCCCAAGGCGACACUGUCGGAUCUAUUCACGCCCGAGCCCGAGGAUGAACAGGCCCAGAAUGAGAUCGACCUCUCCCCAACGCUCAAAAUUGAGCCACGUCCCGCACACCUGCCGGUCCACGAGGAGGAGCACGAUCGUGAUCCUCCCAAGGCAACUCUGAUGGAUUUGUUCACGCCUGAGCCCGAAGAUGAAAGGCCACAAAGCGACAGCGAUCUCUCGCCAGCGCCAACCACUCCUGCCUCACCCGCCUGUUCUUCAGGAAGGUCAGCCACUCCUGCAUCGCCCACCAUUCCCUCUGCCAUCUCGGCCACUCCCCCAUCCCCCACCUCUCCUUCUGCAAGCUCAGCCACUCCUGCAUCGCCCGCCUUUCCUUCGGCAAGCCCGACUCCUGGGGCAGAGGAACCAGCGUAUGAAUAUGGGCCUCCAGAAUACGGCAAACUUGACGAUGACGGGGAGGAUAAAGUCGACCCCCCUGAUGCAAAGGCCAAAGAGGGCACUUUACAUCAAGACGGCCUAACUGAGGAAGAGGACGAUGAGCUCGAACUCCUCUACGACGAGGAGGACCGCCUCAAGGGAUCAGACCACCAACGCAAGGUACAGGCGGACGACAAUCGACUACGUCAGCUAUUCUGGCACUCUGAGGAAGUACCAGUGAAAUUCUAUCUCGAGGGGACGAGCCAAGGUAUCAAGACAAUCAUCGAGAUGUUCGGCGGCGAAGUUGUCGACAAGCAGUCGGCGCGCCUGUGCAUUCUUCCCCUCGACGUCGGCGUCCGUGCCACCGAGGCUGCUCAUCGUGAUAUUGUGGAGCGCAAGGGGACGCACCCCCUCUCCCAGGCGGUGUCCCACGAUUACGUUUGGAGCUGUAUCAAGAACUCGGCUCUGGGGCCGACGGACAAGUUCCUUGUUAAACUGCCCGUCAAGCGGUACAAAGCUGCCUAA